UUCUGCAAUUCCUGAAAUCUAUCGAUUUUCAAAGAUUAACCUUCUUCGAAAUUUCAUUUAUACUCGAUAUCAACUAUAAUUCAUGCAAUAUUAAAAAAUAUUAUGCUUCAUUAGUUUAUUGAAAUUUUAAAAAUUAAUUUAUUGAAAUUUCCACUCCUUUACCCCAUUUUCAUUAAAGUAGAUUCCGUGCAUUUAAGCUCGUUUGAUAAAAGUGAUCUUCGUGCAGAAAAUGAACUUUUAAUUAAUAUCUGAAAAGCUUGUGAAAUUAUUAUCAUCCAUCAUCUUGAUCGAAAUUGCGUUUUGCCUUACACGAACCUUGCUUUGCAUAAAUUAUUUUUCUUCCAUCUUCGAAUUUAAUAAGUAUUCAAUCAACAACACUUCAGAAUCUAAAUAGUUAAUGAGGGCAAUUAUAUUUUAUGAGUUUUUUUAAAAUAUGUUUCCCUUGUGCUUGAUGGGUAAUUAGUCUUUUAUCACGUCCAAAGUGAAAUCACGAAAUAUCUGAGCAGUUAGUUGUGAUUCUCAGUGACAUGGAAUUCACUAAUCAUGGCUGUACUGAUGUCACUAAACCAUCUGGACAUGCCGGUCAUUACGAACCAUUUUGCCACUGUGAUUACGCAACUCCGCGUCGAGUAAAUUUCAAUUUGGGAGAUGUGCCCAGUACAGAUCUUGAACAACGUCUUCCAGAAGAUUUUUCAGGACCUUACAAAGAGUUCAAUCCACCCGGUGACAGAACUCCAGCUGUUGGCGAAAAAGAAUGGGGAGAUGUCCCCUAUUUGCCAUCUUACUUAGAUGAGGCUCAUCGCCAGAAAAUCCCUUCUUCCGGACCUCCCGACAAUCUGUACAGCCGUGGCCCGUUUUUUAAAGGUGUCAGCGAAACACACGAAGAGUUUGUGAACAGGGGUGGAAUCGAACCCAGGAAGUAUCACACAUUUGUACGCCACUACGAAGAACCCGGAAUGAAAUACGAUAAAAGCAUCACCCAAACUGAUUUUUGUCCACCGUAUCCCAUGACAGCUAAAGACAAGAAUCCGUGUCUUCAACAACCUAUUCAAAGAGAAUCCUAUUCGUCUAAGAGUCGUCGAGCGAAAAAUCCUCACAUCAAGGAAAUCGAGUGUAAAUCUGUUGAACCCAAACUCGUGUAUAUUGACGAGGAACCUAAAAGAGAUUUCAGCACAGAAACGGGUGAGAACUACAUCUGUUUUCAGAGGGCAAAAACCGAGAAAAAGUUAAUGGAUUACAGACCAUCUCCAAAUGAAAUAUUCCAAGAUUAUGUUAGAAGCAGUCACUGUGAGUGCCCCUAUGACAUACCUUAUCAUUUACAGAAUGCUGUCAUCGACUGCAGUUCAACUCCUCAUAAAGAUCUUUGUACCAUGUUGGAAUGUCCUCCAGAGCGCCAAAUAAUGAGCCAAGACAUCUCAGAAUAUGCGCCAGAUGAGAAAAAUGCUUCUCUGUCAAACAAAAUUUCGGAUUAUCCUUAUAAAUGUCAUUGCAAAUAAAACUAUUGUU